AGGUAGGUCUUGGUCACCACUGCUCACCGCACUUCACCUCACUUCACCUCACUUCACCUCACACUGCACCACCUCACCUCACAUCCCGCAGUCGGGUUACCUUAUCCUUCCAAAGCCCCUUGUCCCAGUACAGCAGAGCACAGCACAGCACAGCACACUCACGGACACCUCUCUUGCACAACCACGCCACGCCACGCCACACCGUCAGCGCCACCGCCAGCAACGUCGUCGCAUCAGCAGAAAUAGCGUUGUCGAGCACUUCCAGACUGCAGCGACAUCCUCGCGAGCUUGCAGCCUUUCAAACUACACGCACCAGCCAUGUCCAUGUUGCUGUGUUGAUACCCGACAUAUGUGGAUCCGCACACCUGCACCACGAUCGCAUCGUCUCAGCGUAGCGCGUCUUGAUCGCGUCUUGACCGCGUCGAAGAAGACACCUGGAAAGUGCGAGCCGCACCUUUCGGACAAUAGGAAAUCAUAUGGAGAAGCUCAUUCUACGAGGUGUCAUGUGGGGCACUGACAAGGUUCCCGAUGCGUGGUUCGACAAGAUUCCUGGAGGCUUCUAUAAGGCCAAAGAGCAGCAACUAGAACACGACCUGGAAAAGGAGAAGAGUAGGAAUGCUGACAUGAGCAAACGACGCUCGCGGCGCUACAGCGAAGACGAGUACGACGACGAUCGUGACUCUCACGACGACCGAGACGCUGGAUACCGAUCCGAAGGUCACAGAUCUAAGCGGUCGGAUGCAAAGCCUCACCACAGGGCUGACGACUUCGACGAGAUUAACAAUCGACCGCGUCGGAAGCGUAGCAGAGCACGGCGCCGGGACGAUGACGACAAGUACGGCAAGGACGAUGGCCAUCAUCGAUCCUCGCGCAGGUCUCGAAACAGUGGAGUCGAAUAUGGAAAAGGAGCGGUUCCUACAACAGAGCAAGGCCCUCCGUCUACAUCGUAUACCGAUCCUGUAGCAGGUGCUGCAGCCAUGGGCGGCGCGGCGGCAGCGGCUCAGCAGUUUCAACAUAAUGGUGCUUUUGGAUCUCCGCUGCCUUCGAAUGGCGCUUAUGGUUCUCCUCCUCCAUCAAACAGCGCGUACGGCUCUCCAAUGCCCUCGAAUGGAGCUUAUGGCUCGCCGCAGCCGUUUGCAGCACAACCCAAUGUGCCUGGUAGCAUUAACUCUGGUGGACAAGAUCCGAACCAGCACCCAGCACGGUCGACAUCGACACUGCGCGGAGGCAUGUCUACUGGAUAUGUUCCUUAUGCGCACAUCUAUGGAGGACCGAGUCACCCACAAGGACAACCUGGCUUCCCUCCAUCGCAGUCAGAUGUGGGGUCUGUACAGCCGACCUACAUGAAUCAGGUUGCUGCACCUGCGCCGAGAGUGGCACCAGUACCAGGGCACUACCAGCAGAACCCGUACGCUCAGGAAGCGGCGCCUGGCACACAGCCGGGAUAUAUGCCUGACCCGUAUUCACAGCAGAAUAGACAGCACGAUGGACGGUAUGACGAUCGGAGCAGAGGUAGUGGCUAUGAUUCUGAUGAUACCGCUCGCGAAUCGCACCGAAGCCGAGAUCGAGGUCGAGACCGAAGACGUUCGAGAAGGUCACGACGAGACCGCACGCCAUCUGAAGACAGCUAUUCCGACGACUCGCGCGACGAUCGAGACCGACGACGACGAUCACGCCCUCCUCCACGAGACGAAGCACCGCCCUCAGUAGCUUCCCGAAGUAAGUCAGCAGCGAAAGGUGCUCUCGAUACCUCCCAGCGAGGACUAGGGUACAGCGCAAUCGGUGCACUCGCUGGCGGACUCAUCGGUAGCGAAUUUGGGAAGGGGCCCAUACCACGAGUGGUGGCUACGGCAGUAGGAGCAUUAGCAGCUAACGUUCUACAAGCUAGGGAGAGGUAUGUUGAUCAACGUGCAUCAUCACAGCAUCAUCACCAUCAGCAUCGUCAUAGUCACACGCACGAGAAGAGCGAGAACAAAAAGCCACCGCCACAACCCUCGAAUUCGAGACGCAAAGAGGAGAAUCGCGAGAAGGAAUACCACCUUAGAAAGGCGGGCUAUUAUUCGAAUUAGGAGACCGAACCACAGCCACAUCUACAUCGCAGCAACAGCGUAUCAAGCCUCACCAAGCGAGACAAAAUACAGGCCCCCUUGUCCCCUUGAUGGACGACUUCCACCGAAUCAAGCUUUGUGCCAUAACCCGGGCGAGUCAUCAUAAUGCUUUCUACUAGCCUCCAUCAACAAAGUCUGCCUCUCUGCCUCUGGCGACCUAGUGAAUGAGGAUUGAUACUUAGUCGGGAACUCCAUAAUUUCUGGAUACCUAACCUUGACCUGAGACGAUCGGUUGGUCGGUCCAACAUUCCUCCAAUCCAUUGAUCCGUCCAUAAAUCAAUCAGUGGCCACUACUCGGCUUCUUCAUCAGUUUCUCUGCCCUUUCGAUCCACUCUUCCGCGACACUCUUGAUGUCCUUCUUCAAUUCUCUCGCCACCAGUUCUGCAACCUUGUGGAAGCGCUCUUCCAGAUGGUCUUCCGUUUCGUUCUUCUGCCAUUUACCCAAAAUACACGUGUUCCUCGUACUGGGUAUCCUCAAAACAUCACUUUCCGUCUCGAACCCCAUUUCUUCUGCCAGACUAUUCACAUAUGCACACAGCGUCGAAUAUGCAGAGGCCAUCUUCUUCUGCACCAGAGUCUUUUUCAGAGAACCGGUCUCUGCGGCUUGUGUGAGAGUGAUGUCGUUUUUCCGCUGAAGCUUUUCUGCUCCCGCCACAGUAUCUUCUUGUUCUUCUUCGUCAUUUCCUGCCGCUCCUCCUCCUGCUGCUUGUUGUUGAGGUAACCUUUCUUGUUGGACAAAAGCCAGAGAAGAAUCCCCUUCUUUACCAUUAUCAUCAUUGCAGUCAUGAAGAUUACGAUUCACAUUAUUACUACAUGCAUCACUAUUGUUUUUGUUCGUCGUCGUCAUUGUCCUCGUCGUCGUCGUCGUCGUCGUCCCCUUCUUCUCCCCUCGUUUCGCAGCUACUUCCGCUCGUCUUCGUGCCAUGCAAGUAGCUGUAGCUUCCGGCGCGCGAAAUCUCGCACCGCU